AUGGAGUUGAUCCGAGUUGGCUGUUCUACCAACACCACUGAGGCUCGUUCACCCCGCUUUGGCAAUCAACCUGCGCAACCGCUGCUAUCUUGCCCUUCAUCGAUUCUACCAACUCACUGUACCUCUUUGCCCAUGUCUGGAUCAAGAACAAAGACUGGCUGCUGGACCUGCCGCUUGCGCCAGUGCUACGGCUAUGACCAGAAGCCCGAGUGGAUGGUUGGAAAAGAGAGUUGGGAGCAUGUUCUUAACUCCGAUGAAGCGAGAGCUAUCAGGAACGCUGCAGAGAAAGCCUAUAGCCGCCGGAGGCAAAAGAAUACCCACGCACCCCCUUGGUCCGCUGGUGUCAUUGUCCAAGAUGUCAAGGAACUCGGUCAGCCAGUGCGGGUAUGCCACCCCUUGCACUCAAGCGCCAUACUUGACCGCACAUGGUCUAACUGCGCGCAACCUCUGCGAGAUUGCGAUUAUUCGCCGAAUUACCAACACGUACAAACCUUUCUUAAUGUCAUCUUUCCUCUCCAGUGGGGUUUCUUUGGUCUCUGCAGGCAGCCUGAUCGCAGAUGGCUCUUUGACACCAUCAUGGCCUCGGAGCCCAUGUACCAUGCAUCUUCGGGCUUAUGCAUAUCAUUCGAGACGGGCGCAAAAGCUGGCUUCACGAACGGCACAUGCUAUGUCACGCCCGAGGUUCGAAAAUUACGGCUACUUGCAGUACAAGGACUUCAACCUUGUAUCGCCGAGUUGCAGCAACAACACCCACAAAAUUCGUCAUUGCUCAAGGCGGUUCACGCUGUUGCAAUUAUUCUGCUCCUUUCAAGUCUUGAGAUCUAUGGAGAAACCGAAGGCACAUGGGAAGUGCAUCUCAAUGCUUGCGGGACAGUCUUGGACUUAGUUGAGCGACAACUGGUCACAUCGAACAAUGCCAGUGCCAUAGGGGAGCUUCUUAACAACUCCACGUCGUCCUUUGAGACUCGAGCACUAGGACUCUUCGUCGCCACAUUCGUUUGGACCGAUAUCUUAGCAGAGGCAACACAUGGAAGCAGCUACACUAAGCCAAGGAAGUUUGAUUACCUCGCUCUACUCCAAAACGAUGCCAUCGACAUGCGAAACAUAAUGGGGUGCCGAAAUUCGGUCAUGAUCUCCAUCAAAGAAGUCAGCUUAUUGUCUAUCUCGAUGCAGAAAAACCAGCAACCUGAAGCAGCCGAAAAAAUGCAGGCUCUCGCUCUUGGCAUCCGGCAGUUGAUACAAGAGGCAGCCUGCACAUUCACAAGCUCGCAUCAAGGUCUCGAAGAGGACAGCUGCUGGGUCACACUUCUCCAUGCAUGUGCCGCUUCAGUCUACUUGCUAACUGUCGCAUCCCACGAGAGCCUUGGAAGUGACUUGGAGAUGCAAGAGGCGAUAACAAAAUGCCUCGAAUUAUUGGAGGCGUUGCCCCCGCACCUUUUCAUCCGAGUCUGCUGGCCAUUCACAGUCGCGGGGUGCAUGGCAGGCGAGCACUACCACCCAAGAUUCCGAGCAGUAGUUCGACGUGUAGAAGAGUCAGGGAACGUGCUAGGGUUUACAUGGAAAGGCCUCAUUGUCAUGGAAGAGUGCUGGCGGCUGCGACGGCGCAAGCCAGAGUCUGCUUGGUGUUGGCGAACGACCAUGGAACACAUGCAAGCACGAAUAUUGUUGAUUUAA